GGGCGGAGCUGGAAGGUCGUGGUUAGCACUCCCCACCACAUUCUUACAACAGCACCACACACCCGGCCGGAAAGUGAGGAAGCUCCCCAGCGGAGUAUUUAACUACAGAGGUUUCGUUCAGACCGGUAUUUUGUCAAAUAGCGAAGGUUUGUUCGCUAAAUGAAGACUGAGCCAAAAGCCCGAAGACCCACACAGGUUGCCCGCGUCACCUCAGACUUCUGUGUGGCCCUCCAGACGAGCACAGCUUGCCACAAAGCGGCGGUACCUCCGGUUUAGUGAAAAUAAUCCUGUUGCUGAUAUUGUGGGUUCAACAUUUGUUACUUUAAACGCUUCAUAUGACUUCUAGUUAUUCUUUUAGUGCAAAUAGCUAUUGAAAGACUGCCAAUUGUCAGUUGCGAAUUUGGAAGGUCGUUAUAUUGCAGUUUGUUUCCGUAGCUUAAAGAGACACGGGAGAUCACAAGGUGGCUAACGUUAGCGACUAGCUCGCGACACAAACGAGUUCCAUCUCUCCAUACGCAACUUCGAGAGGUCGUUCCGUGUGCUUACACGGGACUAUUCGCAUUAAGCAGCAGAACACACAUUUGUAACGGGGAAACAAAUAAUAUUUGCCUAGUUAGUUAGCUAUCUUGCUGGACAGGUCAGCUUCCUUGUAUCAAAUAACAAAUGGGCUAGUGCUAGCUAACGGUGGCUGGGCUGCUUUUAUUAUUGUCACACAACUAUGGAAAUGAAAACGAUAACGUUAAUUUAGUAGUUUGUGUUUUUAGAUUAUCAUCAAACCGUAUGAUGGCAAGCUAACAAUGAAGGAAGAUAGCUAAAGUUCAUAUUCUAUUUGUAUGUAUCAAUCACAUUUUAGUUGGAUUUGAGUCGCUGAGAGCCAACGAAAAGGACUGGAAUUGGGAUAUCAAUUGACGAUCGGAAUUAUUUCUGUCCCUGGUUUUAACCGGAUUUUUGUCCUCUUUGGAUCGACGUGGGAGCAGCGGGAUUUCGACGUCCAGUCUUAUCUGUCACUGUCGAUAUUUUGUCCUCUCCAUCCUCCCCCACAACCUUUACCCGUUUCUCUCUCCGAUGCGGAUUGUUGAGUAGCACCGGCAACCAAAUCCAUACGGCAGCCGGACAUGCUGAAGUGUAUCCCUUUGUGGCGCUGUAACCGCCACGUCGAGUCCGUGGACAAGCGACAUUGCAAUUUGCAAAAUGUCCCCGAAGAGAUAUUCCGCUACAGCCGCAGUCUGGAGGAGCUUCUCCUCGACGCCAACCAACUCCGAGAUCUACCCAAGCCUUUCUUCAGACUUCUGAACCUGCGGAAGCUGGGCCUGAGUGACAAUGAGAUCCAGAGGCUCCCUCCUGAGGUGGCCAACUUCAUGCAGCUGGUGGAGCUCGACAUUUCCAGAAACGACAUUCCUGAGAUCCCCGAGAGCAUUAAGUUCUGCAAGGCGUUGGAGAUUGCAGACUUCAGUGGAAACCCCCUCUCCAGGUUGCCUGAUGGUUUCACUCAGCUGCGAGGGCUCGCCCACCUGGCCCUUAACGACGUGUCACUGCAGACGCUGCCCAACGACAUAGGAAACCUGGCCAACCUGGUGACGCUGGAGCUCAGGGAGAACCUGCUCAAGUCCCUGCCCACGUCGCUCUCUUUCCUGGUGAAACUGGAACAGCUUGACCUGGGCAGCAAUGAACUGGAAGUGUUGCCAGACACUCUUGGUGCUCUGCCUAACCUACGGGAGCUGUGGUUGGACCGCAACCAGCUCUCCUCAUUGCCACCAGAGCUGGGGAACCUGCGGAGGCUGGUGUGUCUGGACGUGUCAGAGAACCGCCUGGAGGAAUUGCCCUCGGAGCUCAGCGGCCUGCUGGCCCUCACUGACCUGCUGCUCACACAAAACCUCCUAGAGAUGGUCCCCGACAGCAUAGGCUCUCUGAAGCAGCUGUCCAUCCUGAAAGUGGACCAGAACCGACUGACCCACCUGAGCGACUCCAUAGGAGAGUGUGAGAACCUGACGGAACUCGUGCUGACCGAGAACCUCUUACAGACUCUGCCUCGCUCGCUGGGCAAGCUGAAGAAGCUGACCAACCUGAAUGUGGACCGCAACCGGCUGGGCGGCGUGCCCGAUGAGAUGGGCUGCUGUGCCAGCCUCAACGUGCUCUCCCUCAGGGACAACCGUGUGGCCAAGCUGCCUGCCCAGCUGGCCGACGCCACCGAGCUCCAUGUGCUAGACGUGGCAGGGAACAGGUUACAGAACCUGCCAUUUGCCCUGGCCAACCUCAACCUGAAGGCCAUGUGGCUGGCAGAGAACCAGUCCCAGCCCAUGCUCAAGUUCCAGACGGAGGAUGACGAGAGCACCGGGGAGAAGGUGCUCACCUGCUACCUGCUGCCCCAGCAGCCCUCCUCUAGCCUGGAGAACCUGCUCCAGAAUAGUGUGGACGACAGCUGGACAGACAGCAAUCUGAACCGUGUGUCAGUCAUCCAGUUCCAGGAGGAGACCACCAAGCAGGAGGCGGAGGACGACGAGGCGACCGCAGAGCGCAGGGGUCUCCAGCGGCGGGCGACACCGCACCACAGUGAGCUGAAGGUGAUGAAGAAGGUGAUUGAGGAGAGGAGGAACGAGGUCUACACAGCCAGACAUGAUGGAGAGAGACAGUCUCCUGGUGCUGAGAAGAAGCGACUGAGCAAUCUGUCCAGUCAGAGCCACGACUCUGCGGCAUCCAACAGCACGGCCUCAGCCAAUUCCCACGAGGAGAGGCAGGGCCUGAUGACCACAGACCUGGUGGGUGGGCGUGGCCACCAGGAGGAGGAGGAGCUAGAUGAGAUGGAGGUGGAGUACGUAGAGCCCACGGUGCACUUUGCGGAGGAGCCCAUCUACCGGGGUGGGGACGAGAAUGGUGAUGAUGAGGAGGGUGAGGACGGGGUCCCACACAGCGACGAAGAGGAACAACAGAGGCCCCAGUUCCCCACGGAGAAGCAGCGUCUGAUCAGGAAGGACACACCGCACUACAAGAAGAACUUCAAGAUCACCAAGCUGCCCAAACCCGAGGCGGUGGCCGCGUUACUGCAGGGCUUCAGCCCCGACGCUCACGGCCCAAAUCCCGCCUUGCACCAAACUGCCCCCAAGGAGGAGGAUGAUGAUGAAGAGGAGGAGGAGGAGGAGGAGGAGGAGUGUAUGGUAACUCCGCAGCGCCACAACAGGAUAGAAGAGCCAGAGCUGGAGGAUAGGAGUCUGCUUCAUGUCAACUCCUCCCUGCAGCCGGUCAAGGGGGUGUCAUUUGAUCAAGUCAAUAAUCUGCUGAUUGAGCCUGCUCGAAUUGAGGAGGAAGAGCACAACCUGACCAUUCUACGGCAAACUGGGGGUCUGGGCAUCAGCAUAGCCGGAGGAAAGGGAUCCACACCCUACAAGGGGGACGAUGAGGGAAUCUUCAUCUCCAGGGUGUCUGAGGAGGGACCUGCAGCCCGGGCUGGGGUCAAAGUGGGAGACAAACUCCUAGAGGUGAACGGCGUGGCCCUCCAGGGGGCGGAGCACCACACGGCGGUGGAAGCCCUGCGCAGUUCGGGCACCGCCGUCUCCAUGAGCGUCAUCCGGGAGCACAUGGUGGAGCCGGAGAAUGCCAUCACCACAACACCACUGAGGCCCGAGGACGACUACUUCCCCCGGGAGAGACGGGCCAGCGGGCUGCCGUUCUGCAUGGAGGCCAGCUCCCCCGCAGGACCCCGACACAGGCUGUCUACCUGCCUGGUCCGCAACGACAAGGGCCUGGGCUUCAGCAUCGCCGGGGGCAAGGGCUCCACAGCCUACCGCACAGGGGACUUGGGGAUCUACAUCUCAAGAAUCGCAGAUGGAGGGGCGGCCCACCGAGACAGCACGCUCCGCGUAGGGGACAGGGUCAUCACCAUCAAUGGUGUAGACAUGACAGAGGCCAGGCAUGACCAGGCAGUAGCACUGCUUACCGGCACCUCCCCCACCAUCGCCCUCCUGGUGGAGCGCGACCAGGCCGAGCCAGGCACCGCAGGGGGCUCCCCAGGCCUGUCCCGUGCCCGCGCCCACUCCCCCCCGCCACCAGAGCCCUCCGACUCGCCCGACCAGGAGGAGGGCAACGACGACUCGCGCCUCUCGCCCCACGGGAACCACCUGAGCCGGCCGCUGCAGGACGAGUACCCCAUCGAGGAAGUGACGUUGGUGAAGGCGGGCGGCCCUCUGGGACUGAGCAUCGUGGGAGGCAGCGACCAUGCUAGUCAUCCGUUCGGCAUCAGCGAGCCUGGUGUCUUCAUCUCAAAGGUGAUCCCCAAUGGCUUGGCGUGUCAGAGUGGCUUGCGGGUCGGGGACAGGAUACUGGAGGUGAACACUAUCGACCUACGCCACGCCACCCACCAGGAGGCUGUUAGAGCCCUGCUCUCCAACAAACAGGAGAUCCGCAUGCUGGUGCGCAGGGACCCCUCACCGCCGGGGAUGCAGGAGAUAGUGAUCCAGAAGCAGCCUGGAGAGAAGCUGGGCAUCAGCAUCCGUGGUGGUGCCAAGGGCCACGCUGGCAACCCCUUCGACGCCACCGAUGAGGGCAUCUUCAUAUCCAAGGUGAGCUCCAGCGGUGCAGCGGCCAGAGACGGCCGUCUGCUGGUGGGCAUGCGGAUCCUGGAGGUGAGCAACCACAGCCUGCUGGGCAUGACCCACACGGAGGCUGUACGGGUGCUCCGCGCCGUGGGAGACACCCUGGUCAUGCUGGUGUGUGACGGCUUCGACCCCGGCAACGCUGCCGCCAUAGAGGCGUCGCCGGGCAUCAUUGCCAACCCUUUUGCGGUGGGCAUCGUGCGUAAGAACAGCAUGGAGAGCAUCUCCUCUAUAGACCGAGACCUGAGUCCUGAGGAGAUGGACAUCCUACAGAAGGAGGUGGAGAUGGUGCGAGAGGCAUCACAGUGGGAGAGAGAAGAGAUGGAGAAAGUGAACCUGGGCACUGGGCCUCUGAAUCUGGACUACCGGACGCUGGCCGCACUGCCCACCACCGCUCUGCAGAAGGUCAACAGGGCACCCUCCACUGAGCCCCCCAGGACAGACAGUCCCAUUAGAGAUGCCCCCUACUCACCUAGCACACAACCGCCCAGUGCUCAUUCCUCCACCAGCUCCCUGUGUGCAGGCAGGGAGACCCGCUUCGCAAGCAUUCAUUUCCCCCCCACUGCACUGCCUGCCAAGAAUAACUCACCAUUGAGUCCCUAUGAGACGAGGCCGGGUUCCAUCCAGCCCCUCUCCCGUGGUGGCGGGCGGCCAAACACCUCGCCAGCCACUCCGGACGGUCACAGCAGAGACGGGCACAGCAGUCCCAACCCCUUCCAGCAUGGCCCCUCCCCCAUCAACUCCCAGACCUCUCUGCAGCCUCGUGCCCCCUCCCCCGACACGAUCGAUGAGUUCUCCCUGAAUCCCAAGCAGGCAUACAAGGCGUUUGCCGCCGUGCCUCACUCGCUGGCCAUGCUGGAGCCGCCGCUGCAGGAUCUGUAUGGCCAGAGGAACAACAUCCACUCCAACCUGCCUUCUCCUUCUCCAGAGCCUGAGCUGAACAACGAGGUGUUUGAGGAUGAGGUAGAGGGGGACGGAGGAGUGGGUGGAGGUCUGGCAGCCCCCGUCUCUCCCCGACCCUCCCUCUCCUCUGACCGUCGGGACUAUAGGAGUCUGGCAGCAGUGCCACGCCUCUCCAGAGCCUCAAUGGACAUGGUCGUAAAGACUCCAUCCCCUGGGGGCAGAGACAGCCCAGAGCAGCGCUCCUUCAGGGACAGACAGAAGUACUUUGAGAUCGACGUGAAGCAGCAGACGCCCGACAGCAAGCCCAAAGGCCGUGUGUCCCUGGUGGGAGCAGAUGACCUGAAGAAGAUGAGGGAGGAGGAAGAGAGGAGAUUCGAGCAGCGGGCGCGGGAGUACCUGAUGGAUGACGAUGAUGAUGAGGAGGACGACCUGGUGAAGCAGAUGGGAGUGUUAAAGGCCACGGGCAAGGUGCUGCUGGACGGGGUGGAGUACAAAGUGGAGCCUGUGGCCACGCCCCCCAGGCACUAUAACACGCCCCCUAGCUACUGUGGCAGCUCAGGGCCCUCGUCAGUGGAUGGUAAAGGAGACUCCCAGAGGAAUUCCCUAGAGGAGAGCUUCAGGUUGGAGCAGCAGAGGCCCAACUCCAUGACUGGUCUGAUCCCAGUGUACCCUGGAGAGUCGGGGGCUCCCAUCCGGACGGCCAAGGCAGAGCGGAGGCAAAAGGAGCGGCUUAGGAUGCAGAGUCCAGAGCUGGCCCCGGCCGGAGACAAGGACCUUUCCCCAGCCGAGAAACGGGCUCUGGAGGCCGAGAAGAGAGCCAUGUGGAGGGCAGCAAGGCCCUAUGGCCUAGAGGAGGAUGUUAGGCAGUAUGAGCAGGACCUGGCUAAGAGGCUCUACCAGUCGCGAGUGAGGGCGUCUCAGGGCACCGUGCCGCCCCCUCAGCCCCCAAACGCUGCCUCCUCCUCCGCUGCCUCCCAGCUCAGGAUGAAGUCUCUGGAGCAGGAUGCUCUGAAGGCUCAGAUGGUCAUUGCUAAGUCUCGGGAUGGAAAGAAGCGUGGGACACUGGACCAGCUGGCCGAGUCACCCUCGCCCGCCCCCACGCCAUCCCCCACCCCUCUGGAAGAUUUCAGUCCCAGAGGAGUGACGUCACCAGGCAGACUGUCCCUGUCGGAAAAGAAGUUUGACUACCGACAGUUUGCUGCCAUUCCUUCUUCCAAACCCGUAUACGACAUCCAGUCCCCUGACACGGUCGACGACAUUCAGUUCGUUGACGAUGGCUCCAGUAACCCAGUGCCCGCUGAGGUGCCCACUGCCACCUCGGCGCUGGAGGAGAUGGCCCUCUACAGCAACAAGCGCAAGCUGAGGCAGGGCCGCCGCAGCCUGGAGACCGCCGUGCCCACAUAACACCUCGCACACACCUAUCGCAGGAGACUCGGGUGUGACACACAGAGAUGGCGCUGAGUCACUAUACACUACACACACUCACAAAUUUGGGAGAUGCAUCCCAUGUAACCACUGCAGAGACUAUGAUGCUGAUAAUCAACAAACACACACACACCAUGUCAUAUCCUGCGUGCCAGUCUUGCCUUGACAGUCUGAGGAUGAGUUGGCAUGAACACAAGGCCCAAUGUUCCCGAUGCCAGGGAGGAGGAGGAGGGCCGGUGAGGCUAGCGUUACGCUUCAAAAAGUUUUCCUUUUUAUUUGGGUUAUUUUUCUUCAGUUUGCGUUUUAGAAGCUGAAUUAUAUUAACAGGCGACUUAUAUGUUUUUAUUUUUGCGCCUCUGAUUUUUGCAGUUUUAAAAGAAAAAUGUGUUCUGGAAGAGAGAGGAAAAAAAUAUGAAAUGUCUGGCUGUAAUACUAACUUUUCAGAUGCUAUUUUGGAGGUUUUCAGUGAAUAGAUUGUGAAAUGUCAGGGAUUUUAGUGGGCUUCGGGGAGGGGGAGUGUAUAUAUUGUAGGAGGGGGGAACAUACUGCUACCUUCACUGCCACAUGUGUGCAAGGCAUUUUAAACACUACGUACAUAUCUCGACUGCACUGCCACACUGCUUAGAAAACAUUUUUAUAUUUUUAAAUAAUUUAUUUUGCUUGUAUUUUAUUACUUCAAUCCAAAGCCUCCCCUGUAAUACAUUGUUGUUAACCUCUGUACUUUUGAGUGCUACCAAACAUUGGAGCGGUGCAUAGCAUUUUAUUUAUCAUAAUGACAUCAAUGCAUAUAAUAUCAUAUUAAUUCAAAUGUACUUUUAAAUACCUUGCAUUAUUUAUAAGGAUCUUAUGAGGCAAGCACAUUUUUUAAAUCCAUCCUCAACCUGCUUUUUCUUUAACAAUGAAUACAUUUGUUUUCACUUUGUUGAUGCACCGGCCUAAUCCAGGUUCUGACUGUAGCAUGGUACAUGUACAGGCUGUCACAUACUCUUGUAGGGAAACUGAUCCCAGUAAAGCUUGUGAUAUCAGUGGACCAGAGUAAAGGAUCUCUAGCUGUCCUAGACCAGGUUUAUCAGAUUCUGUCAGAUUCCCAUUCUAGAGAAUGUAACUACACUGGAGAGACCAUCAGACAUCCAUAUAUUGACAGAAAUCAGAUAAGCCUGGAGUCGUAAUUCAAAAUGCCUAUCAAUUUGGGAACAUAAACUCAGUUUCAGCUUCUUCAUUAUUUACAUUAUAUGGUACUUUCCCAGCCCUUUUUGGGGACAUAAUUUGUCAAUGUGAAUCUCUCAUAUCUUUCAUAUCUGGAUGGUAUUCCAGAUUUGGCCGGUGAAGGUAGCAGGUGUUUGCUUAUUUUUGUAUCUGUCUUUUAUUAAUUUAAAUCUGACACCACUGAAAAUCCUUUAUUAUUGUGUGAAUAAUGUACAAAAUACUAAAAGGAAAGCAAAACUUAAUGGUCGGAACUGAGCCAGUCUACUAAGCCACGACCAAGCGAGUGUCUGGACAGGCUCUGGACUGGGGAGCUCUCUCUCUCGCUCUCUCUCUUUCUGCAUGUAUAUUGGCUUUAAAUGUGAGAACAUGUGGAGGCAAGAGACAUUUUGUUAAUCCCUCUGGAAAUGUAUCUCAUUCGACCAUCAUUCUCAAUCUGUCUUUCCUCUGCUUUACCUGCUGCUGUCAGUGGAUGUUAUCUGAUUGCAGAGAAUCGCGUUUAAUUUAAUGUACUAAUCAGAGCUUUCCGUGUUGCUCUCCCUGAAUGAAAUUCAGUUUGGUUGAUAACAUUUGCGAAUGGCUGAUCUUUUUUUUAAAUUUACUGUAGUAGGUAAAACUUUCCAGACAAUGGGAUUCACUACAUUUUUAAGGCAGAACAACUAUUUGAACUUUUUUUGGUUACUCUCUUCUUGAAUUCUCUUAGGGGGAUGUUGUUUUCCAAACGGGUCGGAGGGGAAGGGCAGAAGUGCUGGGGUCAAGGGUUAGAGCUCAUCCAAGACUGUAACUAGUGAAUUUGUACAACCAAAGAAGUCUAUUUUGUCGUUCAGGAACAAUAAAAUUUACUUUUCAUUUAACAAGCUGA